CCCUCCCGGAUCCAGGAUGAAGUUUGUUGCUACCUACGUUCUUGCUGUCCUUGCUGGCAACCCCAGCCCCUCUGCAGAGGACUUGUCGUCUAUUCUGGAAUCAGUUGGCUGUGAAAUUGAUAAUGAAAAGAUGGAGCUCCUGCUGUCCCAGCUGAGUGGCAAGGACAUUACGGAGCUCAUUGCUGCGGGUAGGGAGAAGUUUGCUUCCGUCCCAUGCGGCGGCGGCGGUGUGGCUGUUGCGGCAGCUGCCCCAGCUGCUGGUGGUGCUGCUCCUGCAGCUGAGGCGAAGAAGGAAGAGAAGGUGGAGGAGAAGGAAGAAAGUGAUGAUGACAUGGGCUUCAGCCUCUUCGACUAGGCUUUUGCAGUCAUCAGAGCUGUCAUUUUUUGUUAGGAAAACCCAGAGUCGUGCUGUUUGGAUUUGAACCUUGCUUUAUUUUGCAAAUCACUGGAGAGGCUGCUGCUGUCUUGCAAUAUAUGAAGUAAUUCAGCUGUAGGUUGCUAUGCUGGUUGGGGUUUACUGGUGAACCAGAGUUUUCCCUAUCGCAUGUAUCUGAUGAAUUGGUUGCCCCCCAAAAAAAAAAUUCUUUGUUCUCUAUUUUUGGUCCAAUAUCUGUUACAAUGAAUGAUCCUUACGACUGGUAGCCUUAGUACUUGUGAUGAGUAAUUAUAGCCUGUCUGGGCCUGUCUGAGCCUGUCUUGGGCAGCAA